AUGAACCCACUCAAUGUCAGACGCGCAUUCGUCUACGACAAGAUCAUCAACUGGUUCCCAGGACACAUGGCAAAGGGUCUCCGCCUGAUCACCGAAAAACUCAAUGCCGUCCAGGUCGUCAUCGAAGUCCGCGACGCAAGGAUAUCAACUCUCUUUGAGCCAAUAGCCCAGAAGAAGGACCGCCUCAUCGUCUACAACAAGUCCGAUCUCGCCCACCCCGACACGGAGGCCGCGAUCACCAAGGCAUUCAAGGAAUACAAGGGUCAGGACGUUGUCUUCACCAACGCGAACGACGAUGUCAAUGUGAAAGGGAUUAUCAAGUAUUUAGCCAAAAAGGCCAAGGUGUCCGGGACAGCAUCAGAAAAGGAAUUGACAACUAUGGUGAUGGUGGUCGGCAUGCCCAACGUCGGAAAGUCAUCGCUCAUCAACUCCCUGAGGCGGAUAGGCGUCAAGAAGGGAAAAGCCGCACCCACGGGCGCAAUUCCGGGAAUCACGAGAACUGUCGCAGGAACGAUCAAGGUCCUCGAGUCGCCCAAGGUCUAUCUCAUCGACACACCUGGAGUCAUGAUCCCCCACAUUCCUGACCCUAUCUCCGCCAUCAAAGUCGCACUCACAGGUGCUAUUUCGGACCAUCUCUCUGACGAAGAGGUCAUUGCGGACUACCUCCUAUUUCAAUUGAACCAAGCCCAAGAUUACAGCUAUGUGAAACUCUACAACGUCAAGGAGCCAACCGAUGACGUCAAGGUCUUUCUCCCUCAAGUGGCCAAGUAUAUUGGCGCGCUCAAGAAGGGCGGUGAGUACAACCUGCCAGCAGCGGCACAGUUCUUGGUCAAGCAGUAUCGGCUAGGCAAGCUGGGCAGGUUCACGUUGGACGAUAUCCGGCCAGAGGCAUUGGAGGAGUUUUUGACAAAGGAGGUUGAGGAGACGGCGAGUCGACGGCAGCAAAAGAAGGCCGACAAGAUCGAGGAGCGCAGGAUUAAGCGACAGAUCCAACAGCGCAAAUGGGAGGAGCGCGAGAUGGCGAAGCUGUAG